CGACUGCAGACUGAGCGCUUCCUCCGCUGGAGUGUCCACUGCGCUGGCCAGCGUGCUGAUCUUCACCAUCGUGGUAGACAUCCUGGGCAAUGUCCUCGUCAUCCUGUCCGUAUACAGGAACAAAAAGCUCAGGAAUGCAGAUAAAUCACAUCCCACCUUAUAUCAAGACCUGUAGUGUCCCAUGAGCAGCCAAGGCAACAUCUUCGUGGUGAGUUUGUCCGUGGCAGACCUGGUGGUGGCGUUGUACCCCUACCCUCUGGUCCUUACAGCCAUCUUCCACAAUGACUGGACCAUGGGUGACCUGCACUGCCAGGCCAGUGGCUUCAUCAUGGGCUUAAGUGUCAUUGGCUCCAUCUUCAACAUCACGGCCAUCGCCAUCAACCGCUACUGCUACAUCUGCCACAGCCUCCACUACGACCGUCUGUACAGCCUGAGGAACACCUGCUGCUAUGUGGGCCUCACCUGGAUGCUCACCGCCAUCGCCACAGUGCCCAACUUCUUUGUGGGCUCGUUGCAGUACGAUCCGCGCAUCUACUCCUGCACCUUCGCCCAGACGGUCAGCUCAUACUACACUAUCUCAGUGGUGAUUAUACACUUUCUGAUCCCACUGCUGGUGGUGUCCUACUGCUACAUGAGAAUAUGGGUGCUGGUGAUUAAAGUGAAACAUCGGAUUAAACCGGAGCAAAGGACCAAAAUGAAACCUAGUGAUGUGAGGAACUUCUUGACAAUGUUUGUGGUGUUUGUGUUGUUUGCAGUGUGCUGGGCUCCACUUAACCUCAUAGGCCUGGCUGUAGCUGUAAACCCUGCGGCAGUUGCGCCCCAUAUACCUGAGUGGCUCUUUGUCACAAGCUACUUUAUGGCGUACUUCAACAGCUGCCUCAACGCCGUCAUAUAUGGCCUACUAAACCAAAACUUCCGCAAAGAAUACAAGACAAUCCUUCUCGCUCUUUGCAUCCCACGUUUGCUCCUCGUGGAGACCUCCAGGUGUGCAACAGAGGGACUUAAGAGUAAACCAUCACCAGCUGUAACAAACAAUAAUGUAGCAGAGAUAAAUGUAUAAACUAUUGUUUUACUGGGAAACUUCAGUUAAGUUUCUCUAGAGCCUCAAUGUGAAUGUGUGACACGAUUCACCCAGUGCCUUUUCACAUGAUGUAAUCAUGUUUGGAGAGGAUGCCAUCGUAUUCCUUUCAGCCAUGUCAGACACUAUUCCCUCAUGUUGAGAGUAAAAUAAAUCCGUUGUAUCACUGGUACAUUGUGCUCCUUUGUGGCAGCCUCCCUGCACCUACAGUUAAAGACAUACCAGCUAACUGG